AUCACACACAGACACUGUCAAAGUAACAGUUCGAAUUCCGCAUUUGCUUUUUUGCGGAGAUUUUCUUUUAUUCUAAAUAAAAAUACAUCCCACCAACCAAUAUGUGUGUGUGUAUACACAGUCAUAGUACAGUCUAGUGGAAGCAAUUAAAAUCUGAGAGAGUGUUGUGUCCUUUUUUGUAUAGAAUCUGUGAAUUAAAUGUUUAACAUGUUAUCCAGAUUCCAUCAUUAUCACGGUUCGAACAUUAUUUUGUUCGAGGAAAAUACUGUAGCAUACAGAAAAGCAAGUUUCGCACACGGAUUAACUUUCAGUGAGAAGCCUCUGUUGCCAGGCGAAAUAUUUCUGGUGGAGAUCGAGAAAACUGAACGCGGAUGGAGUGGGCAUAUGCGACUGGGAUUAACUCUUCUGGACCCACAAACAGCUGCCUUGGGACAUAAGGGCCUGCCGCAAUACGCACUUCCUGAUCUCGCAAAUACUGGUAUGUCAUGGAUAUUUCCUAUUUCAAAAUCUCAGAAUAAUGUACUUAUUGAACUUGUGAAUCAAGGGGCUAGUGGACGUAGAGAAAGUGAACCUCGCGUUUCUGUUCUCGGCGACGGACAUAACGUCCGUACACCGCGAGGAUAUGUUUCCAAAACUGUUCUGAGACCACAAACACAGACACAAAAUGGAACCCCACAGGGCAUCCUGCCUAUGGACGCUGGCAGUCGCAUAGGAGUGAUGUUUGUUCCAUGUCCAAAAGUGAACAAAGAUGAUGGUGAUCUAGCAGAGAUGCAUUUCAUCAUUAACGGUGAAGACCAAGGUCCGUGCACUAAAGCUAUACCCUACACAAGAGGACCCUUACAUGCUGUUGUGGAUGUUUAUGGCACAACAAAGCAAGUCAAAAUUGUGCAGCUUUAUGGAGUAAAAACCCUCCAAAAUGUGUGCCGUGAUGCAAUACUUCAGUACGUAAGCAAUGGUUCAGUGAAAAUGCUGCCGUUACCAAAAUGUUUAAAAGACUUUUUACUUUCAUAGAACAUCCAAAAUGAGUGUUGACCAGAGAAGACAAUAAGGUUAAGAACACAAUCUUUAUUGUUUGGUCGAAUCUAUUUCUAAUAAACCAGUGAGUGAUCAGUGUUUUGGGUACCUAUCAAGCAGUUUGUUGUUGAAUUGUGAAAUUUACAUAGAAAACAAGUCAUGAAUUACUACCAAUUGCAUAAAUAUUUAUUAUAUCUGUUCGCUUUAUUAAAGAGAAAUAUAUUUAAAUAUGAUUAAAAAAAAUGAAAAUGCCAAAAGAAUAGUAGGCUAGUUGAUAUCAAAAGUAACACAAUAAUAUUUCAUUUAGGGUGCUCAAUUAAAAUUUUGCACUUUUUUAUACAUACACAAUUAUUUUUUAUACAUACAAUUAUAUAUGCAAUUUUAUAUGAUUACAACUAAAUAUUAGCUUUUACAAUUUUUUAUAAUGAAAAUUGUAUGUCACUGCCAUUAAAUUAUACACAUAAUGCUUAUGAGUAGCAUAGGUUAAUUUUUGACACUGAUAUAUAAAUGCUAGUAUUAAAAUAGCCCAUGUUAUUUAUUAGCUUCCUCAUUCUUAUUUAUUAUCUAAAAACAUUUUUAAGGCACAAUUAAACAGUAUAUGUAUA